AUGGCACAAGGAAAGUUGAAGUUGGCUAAGAAAAAGCCACAUAGAGUGACAAAGAGGCAGAGAAAUCCAAAAGCCAAAGCCAGAAAAAUCUUCAAGCCAAAGAAAAUCUCUUUUAGAGAAAAAGAGUUGCACAAACUUGACAAAAAAGAGAGAGGGCGACUUUGGGAGGCAACAGAAAAGGCAAUAUCCGCCAAGAUUGGCCAUUUGGAGUUGUUGAAGGGUACUAGAAGGGAAAUCGAGGCUAAUGAAAAAAAAGCAAAGCAAAAAAAAUUUGGCGAAACGCCUGACACUGAUGAUGUGCAGGAUGCAAAGAAGCUCAAAAAGGCACGUGUUGAUGCCGAAAAGUGA